CCUUAUACCAAAACUAUCAGGCUUUCUAACCUCCGGAUCCCUUCCUCAGGGUACCGAGGGAGGUACUGCGAAGAAUGGACCAACCUUUGUGAGUCUCGACCCUGCCAGAACGGCGGCACGUGCACAGGUAAUCACUCGUCCUAUACAUGUCUCUGUUCCCCCGGCUGGACGGGGACACAGUGCAGCGAGCGCGAGGAAGUGACAGAACUCAGCAGCAACAACGAUGAGGCUUGCGCGAACAGUCCUUGCAUUCACGGUGUUGCCCUGGGACCCAUCCCAGGGGGUAUCGAAUCCAGCCCUUGUAUCAACGGCGGAACUUGCGUCGACAUAGUUAGCGGCUUCCAGUGUCUUUGCGGCAGAGGCUACACGGGGAAGCGCUGUCAAGUCAAGAUGACCAACAGGCGUGUGUCCUCACCUCCCGUCCACCCCGUAGGUAUGGGGUUUCCUAAAACCCCUGCAAAAAGGAGGACCUUUUGGAUCGUCCCGGAAGUGCACGUGUUCUUCUGCUCGUGUCGGCCGGGGUUCACGGGGAGGACGUGCCAAGGUAUCGCCCCGGACGUCCACGACGAAGCCGUGCUGGAGACGGUGGGCGCGGUGGGUACGGCCGAGCCCCACGGCCUCCUGGACGUGCGCCUCCCCGUCGACCGUCCGCUCAACCACAUAAAGAACAUUUACGUCGCUUUUGCUACCCUGGCUGCGGCGCUUCUCAUUUUCAUUGUUGUGGUGGGCGCGUGCCACUGCCGGCUGAACAGGACCUACCGGAAGUGCUUUGUGAAGCUCCCGCGGCCGGGAAAAGUGCUGCACACCGUGAGGCGACCGCGGCCCACUUCGCUCUUCGACAAGGCCAGACGCGAGCGGAACGGGGCCCUGCGCCUGGAGACGGACCCAGACGGCGCGGCGAUGCCCAUGACCUCCUGCAACUCCAACUCGGACGCCGUCUACUACAACAUGGACGCGUGCGACAACCAGGAGCUCCCCCUCAUCAAGUAGGCCGGCGGAAGAAGAGGAGGCCCUUGGUUGCCUCCUCCCUGACCGCCUCUCGCUGCCGCUGCGCCUCCCGAGGGCCUUGGAGUGAUGAACCUAUGACGGAGUCUCGUUACUGAAACACCUACGUUAAUUUGUUUAUCUAUUGUCUUCUAGAUUUUGCGCAUAGUCAAGCUCGAAUACUGGUCUGUAGUUGCAAACGAGAGUAGUGUUACAAAUUUAUUUUCUUGUUUCUUACUUAGAGAUUCAUAUUUUUUGUGGUCAAUGGAUAGUGACGACGCGCAGCACCAUUACUUUUAACCAUUCGUAGUUUGUUGUCAACAAAUUCUAGUCGAUAAGUGUAUCGCAGGCCAGAUGCAUGAUUAGAUAACUCAAGAAAAUAUAAAGAGAAAAGGACCUAUCAACACCUACCCGAUGUAGAUGAGAGUUCUGCAGGUAUUAUUCUGCUCUCAUAGUGAUCUCGGAACGUGAGGCUGUCGGGCUUUUGUAAUAACUGCCGCGCCUUUAGUUCCGGCAUUUCCCGCAGAUAUAGGCUUACCACAAAAUGAGUUUAUAUCUCUCGCCAUCCAGUUUUAUCGACAUGAGAUCUAUCUCUAAGAUAUAUUACAAGUAAGGCCUACGUUCAUGUUUGUUUUUGUAGCGUUCUUCCAGUGUAGCGUUCACAACUUCAAAUAGAAUUUAGCGGUCAUUCGAGUUGAUCAUAUUUUUCUUGCACAUUUGAUUUUUUUAACAAUGCACAAUAUCAGACGAUUUGCAUGUUAAGCACCCACACUCAUAUACAUAAACUGAUAUUAGUAUGAGCUAAGAACUAAUUAUAUCAUGUAAAUGACAGUGAACAUGAAGAGGGGUACUCCUCAUGGAAAUGAAAAGAAAGAUGGACAAUCGAUUAACUUGGGUGUGCAAACACGAGUGUGUAAGCCGGAAAUUAUAUUGUGAAUGAACUAUCGCUUACAAAAGCUCUCAACCUACCAGUGAAAAUGUUUCAAUGUGCACGUCAAAUGCGAUAUUGAACUGAAGAAUUUUUAUUUUCUUAAUCUAAACUGACUGAACCUGAAUCUACUGUUGCAAUUGACGUGUGAGACUUGUUGAGAAGUGUCAGUCAGAAGAUGCCAAAGCCGAGAGUUUUGUCAGCAAAUGCACACAUUUGGACAUAGCUAAACUUGGAAAUUUUGCUGGGAAUAAUCUACAAAGCGCGUGAUACAAGGAGACUCGUUUGUUUCUUCUCUUACAAGGGGCAUCUUCAGUGGUGUUUCGCAUUACCUGAUAGUUAUAUUUAUAGUCGGUUGAUAUAAAACAGAAUAGAUUCAAAUUUUAAAGGGUAUUACUGAUAUUCUUCAAAUUUCGAGCCUACUUGUCAGAUAUGAUUGUAAUGUAUAAAUGUCCAUAGUUUCUUCUUGAUAUCAAGCAUUUAUCUGUCUUUUCCAAGGACAAAGAAAAAGAAAAAUGCUAGAGAUUUUUUUUUCUCCCUUUAUUGACAUUAUUAUUGUUGGUAUUAUCAUUAUUUUAGCUUAAUGCCCUGUCAGUAGUGAUGGUUACAUGCAUCCGAGUGUGUAUUCUUAAGGAUAUAGUUGUUGUAUACAUGUACUUUCAUUAUUUUUCGAUUUUUGUCCAUUAGACUACCACAGCUGUUCACCCUUCUCCUGAGCCGACCAUUCACACAUCGAUGCCAAGACCUUUAGCCGAACCAGCUACGGAACCAAACCCGCCAGUUCUCUGUGAGCUGCUGCCGUAGCCUGUGGUGCUCUUUAUGCUUCCAGAAAUACUUCCGUCGCUCCUAUUUACAUCUGCCUCUACCACUCAUGCUAUUCUAAUAAGCACAAAUACUGUGACUACUGUUGCAGUAACGAUUUUUUUUUAUAUAUAUAUACAAAUAUUGCACUGCUACUUCACCUGUAGUACCGCUGCCACGUCAGAUUCCACGAUCGAUGCUUUAGGAAUAUGGUUUUAUCACUUCUGCACCAAUACAGAAUUUAGCAACGGCUCUCCUGUCCUCGGAUAUUAUUUAGUUUUGUCAAAUUGUUCACGUUAAAGUUGUUUUACUAUAUAAUAUUACAUAAACCUCUUCAUUUCCCUUAUCCAUAUUAAGAAAAACAAACACUUGUUCCGUAUUCGAAAGCUUCCUUGUGCCAUGUGUAAAAUUUUUAUCUCUUUUCCUAUUUGUUAAACGCUCAAGGGUGUUCAAGCCUUAUUAUAAGCCUACCUGUCGCGGGUGCGUCCAUUAUUAGGUCAGAACGUCAUAUUGUAUGUUUAUCAUAUGGCUAGUCAAUAAACUGAUGAUAUAAUGUAC